AUGCUGAACAAGAUGAUCUCCACCCUCCCGCGCCAGACAAUGAGAGGUGCUAGGCUGAAAGGGGCCCUGUCCGACCCCCUGUUCGUGGUGCUCUUGGCUCUUCAGAUCUUGGUGGUUGCCGGACUCGUGCGUGCUCAGACCUGCCCCUCCGUGUGUUCCUGCAGCAACCAGUUCAGCAAAGUCAUCUGUACCCGUCGGGGGCUGCGAGACGUUCCAGAUGGCAUAUCCACCAAUACCCGCUACUUGAACCUCCAAGACAACCUGAUCCAGGUCAUCAAGGUGGACAGUUUUAAGCACUUGCGCCAUCUUGAGAUCCUGCAGCUGAGCAAGAACCACAUUCGCAGCAUUGAAAUUGGAGCGUUCAAUGGAUUGGCCAGUCUUAACACGUUGGAGCUUUUUGAUAACCGCCUCACGACAAUCCCCAACGGAGCUUUCGAGUACUUGUCCAAGCUGAAGGAACUAUGGCUAAGGAACAACCCAAUUGAAAGUAUACCUUCCUAUGCCUUUAACAGGGUCCCAUCACUACGUAGACUCGAUCUAGGCGAGCUGAAACGUCUCUCCUACAUUUCGGAUGGCGCUUUCAAGGACUUGUCCAACCUGCGCUACUUGAAUCUUGGGAUGUGCAACCUAAAAGAGAUUCCAAAUAUCCUUCCGUUGAUCCGGCUGGAGGAACUGGAGAUGUCCGGGAACCAACUUGCUAUCGUAAAACCCAGUUCGUUUACUGGACUCGUCAAUCUUCAAAAGCUGUGGAUGAUGCACGCGCAGGUCCAAACCAUAGAGAGGAACUCCUUCGAUGAUCUGCAGUCUCUGGUGGAGCUCAACUUGGCCCACAACAACCUUACGUUUUUACCCCACGACCUUUUCACGCCGCUGCACCGUCUUGAGCGCGUUCACCUCCAUCACAACCCUUGGAACUGUAACUGUGACAUCCUAUGGCUCAGCUGGUGGCUCAGAGAAGCAGUGCCGGCUAACACCAGCUGUUGUGCCCGAUGCAAUGCUCCUUCAGUCUUCAAGGGUCGCUACAUUGGCGAACUCGACCACAGCUAUUUCCAGUGCGACGUACCGGUCAUUUUGGAGCCACCCACGGAUCUGAACGUGACGGAGGGAAUGGGAGCCGAGCUGAAAUGUCGUACAAAUUCGUUAACGGCAAUUUCCUGGCUCACCCCGAAUGGAUCCCUUGUAACGCACGGUGCUUACAAAGUUCGGUUAGCAGUCCUCAACGAUGGAACGCUAAACUUCACGACCGUCACGAUGCAAGACACAGGAACGUACACAUGUAUGGUGAGCAACACGGCUGGGAACAUUUCUGCCUCAGCUGUGCUCAAUGUCAGCUCUGUGGAUAACAGCGGCGUCACCUAUUUCACAACCGUUACUGUUGAAACCAUCGAGACCAUUGGCGAUGAAAGCCAUACCCCACUUCCUCCCUUCGGCUGGGUGUCAUCGUCGACUACCAAAGGCACCCCGGUCUCUACAAAAACCACAGAGCGGACUUACACUAUACCGGUUCUGGACAUGGACAGCGAGGGAACGUUCACCGGAUUGGAUGAGGUGAUGAAGACGACAAAGAUUAUCAUUGGGUGUUUUGUCGCAAUCACGCUAAUGGCCGCAGUGUUGCUGGUGAUUUUCUACAAGAUGCGGAAGCAGCACAACCAGCAGGACCCUGACGGGCCAGCCUCGUCCAUGGAGGUGAUCACAGUGGAGGAGGAGCUGGCGGGGGUGGCAGCCAUGGAGAGGCACCUGAGUCUGCCCCCGCUGGACCAUUACAACCAUUACAACACGUACAAGAGCUCAUACCACCAUGCGCCAAUGCUCAGUACCUUACAUAGCUCGGUCACGCAGGAACCUUUGCUCAUCCAGGCAUGUUCCAAAGACAACGUCCAGGAGACCCAGAUCUGA